CCCCCCAAAUCAAUUUUUUUCAAACAUCAUCCUCCCACCCCUUGCCGGAAAAUCGGCCUCCUCUUCUCUGGUGGUUUUUCGGCCACAACUCCCUCCCCCGACCUCCAAAUCAAAAACCGAGACCACCAUAUGCUCUUGGCAUCGGGGAGCACAUUCCCCAUAAGUUUGGUCCUGUUUGACGGAGGUUGGAUCGCCGACAGCGAAUUCUAUGGCGAGUUCUCCGACAGGCCUUGGUGAUUGUACGCGCGACAAUAGAGCCCAGCUCUAUAAUGUUCUCCUCCAGACCCAUCGCAUGCAUGAAGUACAACGUCUGAAGGGUGACCCCGUUGGCCGAGCCCCGACUCGGAGUGUAGGAAUGGGUGAGCAGGUGGUUCAGGAUCCGCCACUCCGGAUGGAGUAUGGUGGCCCUCGUCUAGCUGGGUAUGUACUCCUCACCCAAGUUCUCAGGUCGGCAGAUGCGCUCGAAGUAAGCUUGGCAAGGAAAGGAAGUGGGAUCCGACUCGUCCACGACCAAUGCACCAUCGAGUGUGAAAGGACGACAUCAGCAUGAUCAGCCGACUUCCUCUAUGAAUGGGAGAAGGAACCGUAGAACUCCCAAACGAGCUAUUGGUAGGUCGGCUCAGCAAGGCUGAGGAGGCGCUGCCAACCAUAGGCGCAAACAACGGCCUCCAUCUGCUGGCGAGCGUGGAGCGCCACGAACACCCCAAAGUCCAAGUGCAGGUGCUCGAAGAUAUGGCGGGUGCGGAUGGUCCGCAGGUGGUGGCACUGAGUAAUGCUUAAAGAGGUCCAGGUAGUCCUCCAUGAUCCUGCAAAGCAACAGAAAGCACAAAUGCCACAUAGCGGGGUGGGUUAAUGUUAGGCCAAACCACACCGGGAGCCCUCAAAUCUUAAGAUUUGGAUAGUGGACUAGGCUCCCAGUGGAACAAACACACAAUCCAAUC